CGUCAACACUGCGCGCGCUUUCCCCGCCUCGUUGCUCUGAAAAAUUCUUAGAAUUUCUCUCGCUGCGUUCAUGACCUGCAGAUUAAAUCUGGUUGGUGGAACGAUUCAAAACAUUGACACACGUCUUCGCGGUCAUUGGAGAAGGAGCGCGUGGUGGGCGUGGUCGCAGUGAGCCUAUAAAGAGGAUGCAAACAAGCGCAGCGCAGAGAAGCGGUUCGAGGGGAAGCGGAGCGGUUCCUGUCCCGGAUUUUACCUCUCAGCGCCCAAAACUGCCCCGAAACAGCCGAGAGAAACUUUAAGUAUAAUUUUCGAGUGAAAUUAGGUUUAAAAGACGAAGGAAAACGGGAACUUUUAACUGAAUAAGAAGGAGAAAAGUUUUACACCGGAGUUCCGCCAACAGCAGGAUGGAUCUGACGAGCUUCGACUGACCGAAAAAUCCCAGAAAUGUUGGAUAAAACAUCUGUGGAGUUUCAUCUGGAGGAAGAAGAGAUCCGAGGGAAAAACGAGAAGCAGCCGUUCUGCAGCCUGUACUCCUGCGGGCCUCUGCUGGGCAGCGGGGGCUUCGGCUCGGUCUUCUCAGGUCGGAGGCUGUCAGAUGGACUUCAGGUUGCCGUGAAGCAGAUCUCCAGUGAGCGAGUCCACCAGUGGGCCCGACUGCCAGGUGAGCUGGAGCCGGUUCCCAUGGAGAUCGCUCUGCUGCAGCUCCUGUCGGAGGUCGGAGGUCACAGCGGCGUGGUCCGCAUGCUGGACUGGUUCCGGGUGGAGGGGCGGGGCUUCCUGCUGGUGAUGGAGCGCCCGCUGCAGUGCCAGGACCUGUUCGACUUCAUCACGGAGCGGGGAGCGCUGCCCGAACGCCUGGCGCUAAGGGUCUUCCGGCAGAUUGUGGAGGCGCUGCGCUUCGUCCACGCGCACGGCGUCGUGCACAGAGACAUCAAAGACGAGAACAUCGUGGUCGACACCAGAACGCUCAACGUCAAGAUCAUCGACUUCGGCUCAGGAGCGCCGCUGAAGGAGACGCCUUACGGCGAGUUUGAAGGAACUCGGGUCUACAGUCCUCCGGAGUGGGUUCUGUCCCAGUCCUACGAGGCGGUCCCGCUCACCGUCUGGUCUCUGGGCGUCCUCCUCUUCGAUAUGGUCUGCGGCGACAUCCCGUUCGAGCGCGACCAGGAGAUCGUCAAGGCCACGCCCACCUUCACCAGGCGGAUCUCUAAAGAAUGCCAGUCUCUGAUUCGCUGGUGUCUGUCGUACCGCCCCGAGGACCGCCCCUCCCUGGAGGAGCUGCUGUCUCACCCCUGGAUGGAGGGAGAUGAGGAAGAGGAGGAAGAGGAGCACGGCUCGCUGCCCAGUCCGUCCCUCUGAAACCAGAACCGGACUGGGAUCAGAACUAGAAUUAAAAGUGCACUGAUGUAACUUCCUGUUUGUGAGGAGGCAAAUACUCUCCUCAUCAUCCUCUUCAUCGCUGCUGUUCAUUUAUUUUUUUCUAUUUAUUUGCUUCUGAUUGGCUCAGCAGUCCGCCCUCCUUCCUCCAGAUGAUGAUGAUGAGAAUAAAGUUGGACGUGAAGUUCUGGUUCAGGACGUCCUCUGUAGAUACUUGUGUAUUAUCCUGGACUUUCUGCAAAGUGAUCCGAGUCACUUGGUUCCGUUUAUUUACAUUAAAUAUGAAUGUUUGGCUCAGCUGGAAACCAGGAUCCAUGUUGGAAUAAAACCGCUUGAGUCACGUCGUCUCUGCCUGUGUCCAUCAGAACCAGAACCCACUAGAACCCAGCUGGUCCAGUAGAACCGGGUUUAUUUGAGUGUUUUACAUAAAAUCUUAAAAUGAAAACGUUUCUUGGAGGAAACGAACCCGUUUGUGCGUUUCCACGUUUUAUUGUGUGGAUAUGUAAAUAAAAUGUAUUAAAUCAUUUUUAUUUAAAAUUUAAACAGUCUUUG